AUUUCACGGCAUAGGCUGUUCAACCCUGAAAGGCAGUCUCCUCCCCCAUAGUGCUGCUGCUUCUGCUGUAGUGGGGAGAAAAAAGCUUAGUUUGUCUCACAGGAAGAACUUUCAAACAUGAAGAAAGCGUCAGUUGAGAAAGAAACCGCCACUGAAGUCCAACAGUAGAGCUGAGCUGCAGCCCUCCAGUCGCGUUGACUCAACGAGAGAGAGAGAUAAACCAUGUUUUCCUGUCAGACAGCACACGGCCACCUUCUGCCAAAUGGACUGAGGCUUUGACUCGACUGGGGGAAAACGGGGGAAACGUUUCAGAGAGCUAAGAGUGCUCUCUCUCUCUCUCUUCAGGAUUUAAGCUGCACCUUUCCAGCCCUGAACUUCUGGAAUCAUGUCAGAACACAGGUCCAGUUUCCUUCACAUUGGGGACAUCGUGUCUCUGUACGCGGAGGGCACUGUCAAUGGAUUUAUCAGCACGCUGGGGUUGGUGGAUGAUAGGUGUGUGGUACAGCCAGAAGCUGGAGAUCUGGCAAAUCCACCAAAGAAGUUCAGAGACUGCCUGUUCAAGGUGUGUCCUAUGAACCGCUACUCUGCACAGAAACAGUUCUGGAAGGCCAAACAGGGAAAGCAAGGAGGCAAUACAGAGGGAGACCUUUUCAAAAAGCUGCAGCAUGCAGCGGAACUGGAGCAGAAACAGAAUGAGACGGAGAACAAGAAGCUGCUCGGUGAAGUGGUCAAAUACAGCCAAGUCAUACAGCUGCUGCACAUAAAGAGUAAUAAGUACCUUACAGUGAAUAAACGCCUGCCAGCUCUGUUGGAGAAGAAUGCUAUGCGGGUGUCUCUCGACCCGUCAGGCAAUGAGGGCUCCUGGUUUUACAUCCAGCCCUUCUGGAAGCUUCGCAGCGAGGGAGACAAUGUGGUAGUAGGAGAUAAAGUGGUCCUGAUGCCUGUGAAUGCCGGCCAGCCUCUUCAUGCCAGCAACAUUGAACUACUGGACAACCCAGGCUGCAAUGAGGUGAACGCCGUGAACUGUAACACCAGCUGGAAAGUCACGCUCUUCAUGAAGUUCAGUGACUAUAAAGAUGAUAUCUUAAAAGGGGGAGACGUGGUGAGGUUGUUUCAUGCUGAGCAGGAGAAGUUUCUGACUUGUGAUGACUACAAAGACCAGCAGCAUAUUUUCCUGAGAACGACUCUCCGCCAGUCAGCUACCUCAGCCACCAGUUCCAAAGCACUGUGGGAAGUGGAGGUGGUGCAUUAUGACCCCUGCAGAGGUGGAGCCGGCCAGUGGAACAGUCUGUUCCGCUUCAAACAUCUGGCCACAGGCAAAUACCUGGCGGCAGAGGUAAAUCCUGCUUACCGGGAUGAGAGUCUAGAGACUAAAAAUGAGACUGAGUCAGACGCUGUGUACUCUAAGAAGAAACGACCAGUAGAGAAGAUUACCUACAUUUUGGUUUCUGUCCCGCAUGGUAACGACAUCGCCUCCCUGUUUGAGUUGGAUGCGACCACACUGCAGCGGGCCGACUGCCUGGUGCCCAGGAACUCCUAUGUCAGGCUUAGGAACCUGUGUACCAACACCUGGGUAACCAGCACCAACAACUCUAUCGAUCAUGAGGAGGAGAGACCUGUUAUGCUCAAGAUUGGCACGUGUCCCACCAAGGAGGAUAAAGAGGCGUUUGCCAUUGUCUCUGUGCCCUUGUCUGAAGUGAGAGACUUGGAUUUUGCUAACGAUGCCAACAAAGUCCUGGAGGCAUUUGUGCGCAAGCUGGAAAAGAAUACCUUCGCUCAGAAUGACCGCAGGUUUGUGAUUAAGCUGCUGGAAGAUUUGGUUUUCUUUGUGUGUGAGGUGCCCAACAAUGGGCAGGAUGUGCUAUCUGUGGUCAUCUCCAACCCUAACCGAGAGCGUCAGAAACUCAUGAGAGAACAGAACAUUCUUGCACAGAUCUUUGGUAUUCUGAAAGCUCCGUUUGCAGACAGAGAGGAUGGGCCUAUACUGAAACUGGAGGAUUUGGGAGACCAGCGCUAUGCUCCUUUCAAAUACAUGCUGCAGCUCUGCUACAGGAUCCUGCGGCACUCACAGCAGGACUACCGCAAAAACCAGGAGUAUAUUGCCAAGAAGUUCUCCAUCAUGCAGUCUCAGAUCGGCUAUGAGAUCCUUGCAGAGGACACCAUCACCGCCCUGCUGCACAACAACCGCAAACUACUGGAGAAACACAUCACAGCUCGUGAGAUCGAAACCUUUGUCAAGCUGCUGCGCAGGAAUCGUGAGCCCAGGUUUCUGGACUACCUUUCGGACCUGUGCGUAUCUAAUAAAACCGCCAUCCCUGUGACUCAGGAGCUCAUCUGCAAGUUCAUGCUUAACCCCACCAAUGCAGACAUCCUCAUCCAGACCAAGCUAAUCCCACACACUGAAAACUCUAUGGACUCAUCUCUGAUGCAUGAGGAAGGUGAUGAGGAGGAGGUGUGGCUGUACUGGAUUGACCACAAUAAAGAGCCCCAUGGGAAGUCCAUCCGCCAUCUGGCCCAGGAUUCUAAGGGCAACCACAAAUUAGACAUUGACAUCAUCACCUACUACAGAUGCCAACUAAAUCUCUUUGCUAAGAUGUGUCUGGAUCGGCAGUACUUGGCUAUUAAUCAGAUUUCCACGCAGCUGCCUGUAGAUCUGAUCCUGCGCUGCAUGUUUGAUGACUGCCUGCCCUACAACCUGCGUGCUUCAUUCUGUCGACUCAUGCUGCACAUGCACGUGGACCGCGACCCCCAGGAGGCAGUGGUGCCCGUGCGCUAUGCCCGCCUCUGGAAUGAGAUUCCCUCCAAGAUCUCUGUCAAAGACUACGAGUACGAGUUCAGAGACACGUCCAGAGCGGAUAUGAAGAGGAAGUUUGCACCCACCAUGGACUUUGUAGACGAAUACCUGAAAGAUGUGCUGAGCCAACCUUUCCCCUUUGGAGAUGAAGAGAAGAAUGAACUUACUCUGGAGGUGGUGAACCUGGCACGUAACCUGGUGUACUUUGGCUUCUACAGCUUCAGUGAGCUGCUGUGUCUCACACGCACCCUGCUGGCCAUCCUAGACAUCGUGCAGCACCCACUCACAUUCAUGUCCAAACUCUCCAAGGGCCCUGAUGGAGGUAAUAACGUCCUGCGCACCAUCCAUGGCGUGGGUGAGAUGAUGACUCAGAUGGUUCUGAGCCGAGGCUCUAUGCUGCCCCACAGCCUUCCUGACUCUCAGCCAAUGAUGGGCCAUGGAAAACCACUCUGUGUCCUUGACAACCAGGAUGUGAUGGUGAUGGACACUAAGCUCAGGAUCAUUGAGAUUCUGCAGUUUAUUCUAAGUGUGCGUCUGGAUUACCGGAUCACCUACCUCCUCUCCAUCUACAAGAAAGAGUUUGGGGAGCAAAAUGUGACAGACAAUACUCUCUCAGUCUCAGACUUCCCCCCAGCACAGUCCGAGCCCAAUGUAGAGGAAAUUGCUGAAAAGGCAGAGAUAAUGUUUACUGGGAGUGGUGUGGAGAGAGACUUGGUGGCUCUGGAUGAUGAAGGUGGCAGGACGUUCCUGCGGGUGCUGAUUCACCUCAUCAUGCAGGACUAUCCCCCCCUUGUCUCUGGAUCCCUGCAGCUCAUCUUCAAGCACUUCAGUCAGAGAGCCGAGGUUCUUCAGGCUUUCAAACAGGUCCAGCUGUUGGUCUCUGAAAAAGAUGUGGAGAACUACAAGCAGAUAAAGGCAGAUCUGGACCAGCUGCGUCUUACUGUGGAGAAGUCUGAGCUUUGGGUGGAGAAGAGUGGAAGCUAUGGCAAUGAGGACAUGACAGAAAACCAGAACAAGGAUCAGAUCAUGGAGGAGGCAGGCAUCCUCAGUCCAGUGCAAGACGGAAACAUUAAGCCACAGAUAGACAGUAACAAAGCCAACAACUACAUCAUUGUGAAAGAGAUCCUACAGCGGCUCAGUAAGCUGUGUUACUCUGUUAAGAAGAGCCGUGUGCAACAGCAGAGACUGCUGAAGAACAUGGGAGCUCACGUUGUGGUGCUGGACCUUCUUCAGAUCCCAUAUGAGAAGGGAGAUGAGAAAAUGCUGGAGAUCAUGACCCUGGCCCAUACCUUUCUGCAGAACUUCUGUAAUGAUAACCCUCAGAACCAGAUUCUGCUUCACAAACACCUCAACCUCUUUCUCACCCCUGGGAUUCUGGAAGCGAGGACCAUGCACUACAUCUUCCAAAACAACUACCACCUCUGUAAUGAAAUCAGUGACCGUGUGGUGCACCACUUCGUGCACUGCAUCGAGACACACGGCCGCUCCAUCCACUACCUGCGCUUUCUGCAGACCAUAGUAAAAUCUGAUGGCAAGUACGUGAAGAAGUGCCAGGACAAAGUGAUGACCGAGCUGGUGAAUGGUGGUGAGGAGGUGCUGCUGUUCUAUAAUGACCGGGCCUCGUUCCCCGCGCUGCUGCAGCUGAUGAAUUCAGAGCGGGAGCGCCAUGAUGAGAACAGUGCUCUGUCCUACCAUAUUAACCUGGUGGAGCUGCUGGCUGCCUGCACUGAGGGCAAGAACGUCUACACGGAGAUCAAAUGCAACUCGCUACUGCCGCUGGACGAUAUUGUCAAUGUGGUAACCCAUGACGACUGCAUUCCUGAGGUAAAGAUUGCCUAUGUGAAUUUUGUGAAUCACUGCUAUGUGGACACAGAGGUGGAGAUGAAGGAGAUUUACACCAGCAACCACAUCUGGAAGCUCUUUGAGAGCUUCCGCGUUGAUAUGGACAGAGUGUGCAACAGCACCACAGACAGAAAGCACGCCGACACUAUGAUGGAGAAGUACGUCACAGAGACCAUUAUGGCCAUCGUCAAAGGCUUCUUCGCUUCACAGUUUUCUGUCAACAACUCCAAUCUGCAGACCCAUCAGCCCAUCUUUAUCCAGCUGCUUCAGGCAGCCUUCAGAGUCUAUAACUGCUCCUGGGUGUCCUCUCUGCAAAAGUCCAACAUCGAGGCCUGCAUCAAGACCCUUUCUGAUGUUGCUAAGAACCGUAACAUUGCUAUCCCAGUGGACCUGGACAGUCAGGUAAACACAUUCUCUCUGAAAUCCCACACCAACAUGGUGCAGCGUGCAGCCAAAGACUGGAGACAGUCUGCCCGGCGACCCCGCAAAGAGCCCCUGGGAGCCCCGGAUUACAAGAACAUCAUUGAGAAACUGCAGGGUGUGGUUUCGUUCUUAAAGGAGCAGUUCAGUCCACGAGUUCAAGCUGAGUUCUCUGUGCUGGUGGACGUUCUGCACAGUCCGGAGCUGCUUUUUCCAGAGGCAGCACGAAUGCGCUGUGAGAGCGGAGCCUUCAUGACUAAGCUAAUUAAACACACGAAGAAACUGAUGGAGAAGGAGGAGAAGCUGUGUAUUAAAAUCCUGCAGACGCUCCGGGAGAUGCUGGACAAGAAAGAGACCUUCGAUGAUCGGGGAAAUGCACUGAGGAAGACUAUGCUGACACAUUACUUUGGUAACCAGCGGCUUCACUCCAAGGCUCUGGAUUAUGGCAGCAGUGGUGGCUCAUCCCCUGGAGCUGGCUCUCCAGGGCAGGAUUCAGAGAAGCCUGGGACAACUGUGGUUGAAAUUCAGUGUCUGCUGGACAGCGUAGGAGCGUCAGAGUUAGUCAUCGAUCUCAUCGUCAGCACCAAGAAUGACCGCGUGUUUGAAGAGAGCAUUCAGCUGGGUAUCGCUCUGCUGCGGGGAGGAAACUCACAGACACAGAACUCCUUCCACCACCAGCUCCACAAGCAGAAGAAGUCUGAGAAGUUCUUCAAGGUUUUCUAUGACCGCAUGCAGCUGGCUCAGAAGGAAAUCCGCUCCACCGUUUCGGUCAACAUGUUCGAGAUCAGCUGCCGUAAGCGAGAGGAGGAGGGUGAAGUGUCCGGCGUCAGACACAAGAAAGGUCGAGAUACUCUCCACAUAAGAGAGGAGAUGCGAGGCCAGCUGAAAGACGCCUCGUGUGCCACCUCCAAGGCCUACAGCAUGUUCCGAAAGGAGGGCGACCCAGACCUGGAGCUGGUGGGCUCAGGGUCUGAGGAGACAGAAGAAGAAGUGGAAGAGGUGCAGAUGAGCCAGGCCAUUACGAUCAUGGAGCCCAUUUUACGCUUUUUACAGCUGCUGUGUGAGAACCACAACCGACACCUGCAGAAUUUCCUUCGGGACCAGAACAACAAAACAAACUAUAACCUGGUGUGUGAGACGCUACAGUUCCUCGACUGCAUCUGUGGCAGCACCACUGGAGGCCUGGGGCUUCUGGGCCUCUACAUUAAUGAGAGAAAUGUAGACCUAGUCAUACAGACGCUGGAGACCAUCACUGAAUACUGCCAGGGACCCUGUCAUGAGAAUCAGUCAUGCAUAGCCAAGCAUGAAUCCAAUGGCAUUGACAUCAUCAUCGCCCUCAUCGUCAACCCGAUUGAACCCUUGGGAAAGAACCGGAUGGACCUUGUGUUAAAGCUAAAGAAUAAUGCCUCCAAACUGCUGCUGGCCAUAAUGGAGAGUUGCCAUGACAGUGAAAAUGCAGAACAGAUCCUUGACAAAAUGAGGCCCAAUGAACUGGUGGAUGUGAUUAAAGAGGCCUUUGCACAAGGAGUGGAGGGUGAGGUUGAUCUGGAGGCUAUAGGGGAUGAGAUCACCCCUAAAGAUGUGGGCCACAACAUCUACAUUUUGGCACAUCAGUUGGCUCGGCACAGAAAGCAACUGCAGCAGAGUCUGAAGCCCUGCCCUGACAGCGACACAGAGGAUUCACUUGGAUACUACGCCAAACACACGGCUCAAAUAGAGAUCGUGCGUCACGACCGCUCCAUGGAGCAGAUCGUGUUCCCAGUGCCCAACAUCUGCGAGUACCUGACGGAGGAGUCCAAAGUGCGGGUCUUCACCACCACAGAGAGGGACGACCAGGGCAGCAAGGUCAACCACUUCUUCCAGCAGUUCGACGACCUGUACAAUGAGAUGUGGUGGCAAAAGAAAAUGAGGAAUAAUGUCGCUCUGUUCUGGGUAGCGAAGCACAUCUCUCUUUGGGGCAGUAUCUCCUUUAACUUGGCUGUUCUGGUCAAUAUGGCUGUAGCCCUCUUCUACCCAUUCGGGGACGACGAUGAUGAGGGUGUCCUGCCCCCCUUACUGUCUGUCCUGCUGUGGGUUGCCGUGGUAGUCAGCACGUCCCUGCUCUUCAUCCUGCCCAGACAAGGGGGCAUCCUGGCCUUCCUGGUCACAAUCAUCCUCCGCUCCAUUUAUACCAUAGGCUUACACCCCACUCUGGUGCUACUUGGGGCAGCCAAUCUGCUGAAUAAGAUUGUAUUCCUGGUGAGCUUUGUGGGGAACCAGGGUACGUUCACGCGGGGCUACAAGGCGGUCAUCAUGGACAUCUUUUUCCUGCUCCACGUCUUCUACGUCAUCGUCUGCAUGCUCGGCCUCUUCGUGCACGAGUUCUUCUACAGCAUACUGCUGUUUGAUCUGGUACGUAGAGAGGAGACUCUUUUAAAUGUGAUGAGGAGUGUGACCAAGAAUGGACGCUCUAUUUUCCUCACUGCUGUGCUGGCCAUCAUCCUGGUCUACCUCUUUUCCAUUGUGGGCUUCCUCUUCCUUCAAAGCGACUUUCUGAUGGAGGUAGACCGUCACCCUGCACUUGUCUCAGAGAAGGUGAAGGCUCAUGAGGUUGCAGACUCGAUGACCUGUGAACGAGACGGCUGCCCUGCCCCGUCUUUCUCCCAGGUGGAGAAAAGUGAUGAGCCUGAGAUGGAGCGAGUGUGUGAGACUCUGCUGAUGUGUAUUGUAACGGUGUUGAAUCACGGGUUGAGGAACGGAGGAGGCAUCGCAGACAUUCUCCGCAAGCCUUCAAAAGACGAGCCGAUGUUUGCGGCCCGUGUGGUUUAUGACCUGCUGUUCUUCUUCAUUGUCAUCAUUAUCGUGCUGAACCUCAUCUUUGGUGUGAUCAUCGACACGUUCGCCGACUUGAGGAGUGAGAAACAGCGCAAGGAGGAGAUCCUGAAGACCACCUGCUUUAUCUGUGGGCUGGAGAGAGACAAGUUUGACAACAAGACGGUGUCAUUUGAGGAACACAUCAAAGUUGAGCACAACAUGUGGCACUACCUGUACUUCCUAGUGCUGGUGCGAGUGAAGGACCCCACUGAAUACACGGGUCCAGAGAGCUACGUGGCCCAGAUGAUAAAGGAGAAGAAUUUGGACUGGUUUCCGCGGAUGCAGGCCAUGUCUCUGGUGACGAGCGCGGGUGAGAGUGAGCAGAACGAGAUGCGCUCGCUACAGGAGAAGCUUGACAUCACGGUCACACUCGUAUCACAACUCUCUGCACAGCUGGCUGAACUCAAAGAGCAGAUGACUGAGCAGAGGAAAAACAAGCAGAGGAUGGGCUUCCUGGGUUCAUCACAAGCCAACCAUCAUAUGCCCCCUGCACACUGAGAGCAGGACCGCGACCAACGAAUGCACACACAGGGACGCUCAGCUGCACUACUCUCAUCACUGGAGCUCUCAUCCCAGCUUAUAUCACAGCCUGAACACUGCUCUGAUCCAACCCUGAGGUUCCUAAACUUCUACACAACCCUGACGAUGCAGUGUUGAGUGGAACACAGAUAUCCAGAGAACUCCCCGCAUGCUUACGGACUACACUGUUUAUAUCCAGUAUUGACACAUCAAGACUCCACCCUGAACAAAACAGGUGUUCUGAAGGGUUCUUUGAGCAAUGCCAUGGGGGAAAAACUAAUUUUAUUUGUGUGAUAAACUUUAUAAACAUCUCAAGAACCUUCACACACUGUAUUAUGACUUUAAAUCUUCCUCAAACACUCACAAACUUCUGAACACAGCUCUUCUUCGUGGAAAUAAAAUGUACUGUCGCUCAAAGAACCUUUUGAGUGUAGAGCAGAUCCUCUAGAAACGGCGUCUCUGAAAUUUUAACUAUAAAGUAUUACUCAUGUUUUAACUGUGGUUCUGUUUUAUUGCAGUCUUACCUUCUGGCAGUAACUGGAGCAGUAUCGUGACUCAAGGUUAACCUCAGUAUGUAGCUGGAGUCGCUUUCGAAGUGCCUUACAGCGUCGUCUCAUGCUUAUUAGAACUGCAGACUAAAGUGUCCUUCAUGUCCUUUAGACAGAAAGAGACUAUAGAAUUGGAAAGAAGAAGAAGAAAAAAACGUCUUGUUUCAUCUCCCUCUCAGUGCCAGGGCCAGCUACUGCAGCUGGCAAACAAUCGUUUGAUGGUUUCAGUCAUUCUCAUUCAGUACUGUGCAGAAGUUUUUGGCACCUAAAAAAACAAUAUUUUAAAACAUUUAUUUCAGUUAUAAAUAUAAAGAGUUUUUACUGUUACAAAAACUCCAGCUCACAUUAGAACAGAUGCAGGUUAACACAAAUACACUAAAAAGUAACAUUUUUCGGAAGUAAAUUGUCUGCAUGAAAGGAUCCGUCAAACCACAUACAGAGGAGGUCAGUGAUGGAUCUUAUUGGUAGCUAGAUCCAGAUUGCUUAUUGGACCUGUUGGCGUUAACAUGCUGCGGUAUUGGUGAUCAUGCUAUGCUCUGAUUUUAUUUCUCUGCAUAAAAAAGGCAGGUGUGAACAUCCCCUAGACACGCUGUGUAUGGACUAGAAUCUGAUCUGAUCUCAAACCACAUUCAGAGGUGGUCAGAGAAAGAUUCCAUCCACAUUUAUAACAAAUGUAAAUAGAUUCUGUUUCUUGUGUUUGGAUUCAGACAAGCACGCUCAAAUACAUUUGCUGAAAAAAAGAAUAAUAUGAGUAGUUAUUACUGUGGAUCCUGGUUUCUCUAUGCUGCUCUCUCGUGCUGGAGCACAUGCUCACUGGUAGUUUGGGAAUCUGAGAGCAAUUGAUUGUUCCAUCACAUUGUAGAACCAACACUGUUGUUCUAAACUGUUAAAAGUUUCCUGGAUCAGAACAGUUUUGAUAAAAAAAAAAAAAACUUUACAAGAAGUAAAACAGAAAUGAUGUACGUGUUGCAAAAUUUUUAUGCGAGAAAGUAAAAUCGGAUGUCAUCCUGUGACACUGAAGAUGUCUUUUAAUGAUAAGUGUAAACAGAACAGCUACUAUUCAGAUACAGAACACAGAUCUAAACAGGGCCCCUUACAAACCCCAGCCUGAUUUAUUGCCAUUAAACUGUUGAUAUGUUGGUAACUAUAAAUAAUUAUUAGCUAAUACUAUAUGUUUUAAUGAGCACAGGGAUGUUAGAUGACCACUUUUUGUAUUAAAGUUAUUUGUAUUUAUUCUAAUAUUAGUGUUUUACUAAGCAAAUAAACACUUGCUGCCCAGAGAAGGAGAUUUUUCUUUCCCAUUUAAUUUUCCACAUGUGCCUAAAACAUUUGCACAGUACUGUUGAUAUAAAUAUAUUUUUGUACGUUUUUAUAACUAUAACUGUUUUUUGAAAGCCGUCAAUGUGCCUGCCAUGCAAAUCACUGCACCAGAAGUACCUUAAAGCAAAAGAAAAACGUUGUACAGUAAAUAAUAGAGCAAACUAUAUGUAUAAUAUGUGUGAGUGUAAGAUUAAAGACUAGGUGAAUGUACUUAUUGAUGUGUGAAUGGUAGAUUUUGGUACAGUACACUGUUGUGGAAGGGAAGGGCAUGCGUGGUGAAAAACCCCUGCUUGUGUAACCAGGGUUAAAUAUUGAUCUGUAUCUGCAAACUCAGUCAGUCGAUCAGAUAAGAGGAACAAGCUUUAUCACACUGUAAAAUCUGAAUGUGCUUUCAAGGGGAAAAGCUACUAACAGAUCACGAGACAAAGAGAUUAGAAGUCACCUUAAUUCUUUUUUUUUCUUUUUUUUGGAGGGGUUAAAUUUGCACAAACGACUCACGCCAGCAGUGAGAGCAGUUUGUAUGUUGGAAGAAUAAAAAAAAAGCCUUUUCUUAUCUUCUGCUCACAGGAGAGAGUGAGAGAGAGUGUUUGUUUUAUGUGGUUAAGAUACUGUAUUAAAUAUGCAUGAAUGUGA